UGAAUAAAUUAUAAAUACCCCUCUUUCUACAUCUACGGCCGUCUGGCUCCCAACGUCACCCACGACUCCGUAUGCUUCCUCACCUGCUCCGGCGAUGCAUCGUCGCCUCUCUCGUCACUCCCAACAACCGCCUCCUCCCCCUCCGCUCCCUCUACUCUGCCUCCGAUUCUCCAUCCCUUGCUUCCUCGCCGCUCUCCGCCAUCUCCAGACAUCGCACGCGCCGCCCUUCUCGACCGAUCCCAAAAGCCGACCCCGCCGUGCCAGAUCUCGCGCGUACGGAUCUAUUGCCGACCCUCUCCACAGAAGAAGGCGACAGAGAUGACGCUGCCACCGUCGCCCGACUCCUCCGGACGGCCACUGAUUCCUCCCAACUGGAAUCUCUUCUGCUCCACUCCGGCGUUGCCCCUUCGGCCCCCAUCCUUUCCUCCAUACUCGGCUCCGGCGACCUUUCUUCCAACGCCAUCCUCGCUCUCUACCGUUGGGCGACCCCCCAACUUGCCUCUCCUCUCCUUGUCACCUUCAUAGAUCGCCUCGGCAAGUCCCGGGCUUUCGACUCCGCCUGGUCUCUUCUCCUUCACCACGCUCCUCUCCCUCUUUCAGCCUUUUCUUCCCUCUUCCGACGCUACGCCCGCGCCGGAAUGCCCUCCGCUGCCAUCCGCACCUUCUGUUACACCCGGCGCCACCCAGAAGCCGUUUCCGCAGAAGAUGGCGCCUCGGAUCCCUUUGAGCUCCUCAUCGACGCCCUUUGCAAGGAAGGCCACACAAAGGUAGCUGCGGAAUUGCUUGAUCGCACUAGACAGGACGCCACUGCACCCCCUUCAGUUCGUGUUUACAAUAUGCUGCUCCAUGGCUGGUUCCAAUCUCGGAAACUGCGCAAAGCCGAGAAGCUGUGGGAUCAGAUGAGAGAAAAGGGAGUUUCUCCCACGGUCGUCACCUAUGGAACACUCAUAGAGGGGCUGUGCCGCAUGCGCCGCCCAGAACAGGCCCUCACCCUACUGGAAGAGAUGAAGACUGCUGGGAUUCAGGCCAACCCUCUUACGUGCAAUCCGAUCAUUGAUGCAUUAUCCGAGGAUGGUAGAUUCAAAGAGGCUCUUGGGAUGCUUGAAAAGUUCCCUCUCUAUGGUGUUUCUCCCAACAUCUCCACAUUUAAUUCCAUGGUGAAGGGUUUUUGCAAGCGUCGGGACCUUGCUGGCGCCAGCAAAAUCCUGAAGAUGAUGAUAGCAAGGGGCAUUAUUCCAUCUUCGACCACUUACAAUUAUUUUUUCAGGUUUUUCUCCAAGUUUGGAAAAAUUGAAGAAGGCAUGAACCUCUACACCAAGAUGAUUCAUUCGGGAUACUCUCCAGAUCGACUCACAUACCAGCUAUUGAUCAAAAUGCUGUGUGAGAAAGAGAGACUAGAGCUGGCCGUACAGCUGAUAAAGGAGAUGAAUAAAAAUGGUUUUGAUCAAGACUUAGAUACGAGUACCAUGUUGGUGCAUUUGCUAUGUCGAAUGCGUAGGCUUGAGGAGGCAUCUUUGGAAUUUGAGAGUAUGAUCAAAAGAGGGAUUGUGCCGCAAUAUAUUACUUAUCGGAUUCUUGUGAGAGGACUUAAGAGGUUGGGAAUGGCUGAAGUGGAAAUAAAUGUUAGAAAUCAGAUGAACUCAGUGAUUCGCUCUACAAAGCUGCCAGAUACUUUUCGUGAAAGGGAGAAGGAUGAUGUUGCUGAGCGCAGAAAAUCCAUCUUGAGGAAGGCUGAGGUGAUGUCAGAUGUUUUAAAAACACGUAAAGACUCAAAGAAGUCACAAAAAUGGAAGAGCUCAAAUGAGACACAAAAAUGGAAGAGCUCAAAUGAGAUUGCUGAGGUUAGAGCAAGUAAAUUGAUAACCGAAAUUAGAAGAAGAGUUCAUGCUGAGCAAAGUAGUACCACAUUUGAUUGCUCAUAAAGUGCUAAAGUUUGAUAAUGAGGAUUAUCAAUUUGCUAUUGCAUGGAGUUCUCUAGAAGCCAUGCAAUUGAAUGCUUUGGAGUUCAGACUUGAUUCAUGUGGACUUGUUGGCCAGGUUCAUUAUCUGAAGCAUCUCUCCACGAUCAAACUCGCCAUUCUUCCCUACGGUUCUAUGAAGAAGUUGAUGUACUUUAUCCAGAUCAAGUUGAAGAGUGAGUGAAAAUGAUUCUUGAAUUCUGGUAAAUUUGGCUGUGUUUAUCAGCUUUCGAAGAGAUCAUUAUCCCAAGAAACUUGCUCGAGAGGGAUGCCCUGUAUCAAUGGAGGCCUUUGUUGUUUGGUUACUAACACAUUAUUAUUGUUGUUGUUGUUGUUGUUGUUGUUAUCUUUUAUUCAGAACAGGAUAAGGGAAGAGGUAUGUAAAAAACUUCUUUCAAAUGCAUGUAAUUAUCUAGUGGGUUCAAAUCACAGAAAUAACUUUUUGCAAUGCAGGAUAAGUCUGUGUAUAAUAGACCUAAUGUGAUUUGACUUUUCUCUAGGACCUGCAUUGGCUUCACUCACCGAAUUGCCUUUUUUUAUGAAGGUUCUCUCAUAUUACUAGUGAGAUCUUUGGUCUAUUUAUUUUAUUAUAUUGCUGGCUACAGUUUGUUUUCGUCAAUGCAAGUCUCUCUUAUAUAACUGAUGCAUUUACUUAUCUAUGAUAUCAUGUUAUUGGCUUUUGUCUUUUACAAUUAUUUCCACAAUGAAGGUCUCUUCAUUUGUAUUGACAGUCGAUUCAUUCAUUGAUUACUGCAUUCAUUACUACUGUCGUGGUAUGUUUUUUUAUGCUAUCUUAUGCACUUGGAUAUGAACAACUAUCUGCUAACCCUCAAGUUUGUAUAAUAAAUUAUUUGUGUGAAAAGGAGAAUAAGCUUAUUUCAAUCAAACAUCCAUAUGUAAAGUGAGAUAUUGUUGUUUAAUAUUAGUCGGACAGUUUGGACUAUCACUUGAUUUUUCCUCAUGAUGGUCUUAUCAGGCCCAUGCCCAGGACUUGCUUUUAGUGUAAUCUCUACUUAAUUAAUUGAUAGUGGCAUUAGUUGCUGGAUAAUGGUGCGUGUCAUUGUUGGUGGACAUGGCCUCCAGUGUGCCCGACUGGAAAGCACAAAGGUUAGCGGACAGGUUCCAUAGCUGUCCUUUUUAGGUACUGCAACUGCAUUGUUUUUCUCUUGUAGAUAAGAGAGGGACAUGUAGAUGGGGCCAUCAAUCAUGCUGCGGAUAAGGACACUUGAUGGAUCAAAGUAAAUGCCAAGGGAGGAGGCUUGGCUUUUCCCCCCUCAGAUUCUGCUUCUUCUUCAUGUGGAUGUGCUGCUCCCUUUCAGACGCACGAAACGGGACCAUCUUAUCCACACCUAAACUUCACUUCACUUCCACGUGCUCAACCAUGCUUUUGCUUUAACACAGUUCCAGAUGAUGCAGUGCAGUGGAGACUGGAGAGUGCAUUUCCACAGCACCUCGACAGAGACAUCAUUUAAAACCCCCAUCUUAGUUCAUUUGGUUCUAAAUCUAGAGAAACACUGGGCAUGAGGCAGGGACUUGAAUGCUGAAGUAGUAAAGGGGAUUGAGUCAGUGCAGGAAGUGGUUUUGUCUGCCAAUGGCACUCAAAGUGGAGGUAGGGACAGGAAUAGGAAUAUAAUGAAUGGGAGAAGAUGAAGAAACGUCGAGUAGGAGUGGGGCUGCGAUUGGGACUGGAAACUGGGAGGGUUAGGAAAGGCGAAGACGAGACCCCGCAUCUCAUAUCAUCUUUUCCACUCGUUGCAGUGCCGUGCAGCAUUCUCUUCCAGCUUUUGCCCCCCAAAAACUUUCCACCCCAUGAAGAUAAUAAAAAAAAGGGUCAAAAGUUAAAUGGGGGUUUCUUUUUUUUCCAAAUCAUUAAAAAGGACGCCCACUCUACUAUUCAGUCGUGUAUUAUUAUCCAACUGUCCUAUUGUUAUCUCUUGCCUAAUACUCUUGUUUAAAUCUUGAAGCGAUCGAACGUGUUGUAUUAUGAUUUUAUAGCUCACACAUAUUAUAGUAUUUACAAUUUUAUA